UAUAGCUUCUCGUCUCGGACUGUAUUGCAGUUAGGGUUAAGCAGGGUGGGUGAGUUGAGUCUGUGGGAUGCGAGAGAGAGGUUUGCAAAAGCUUAGCGUGUAGACAAGCGUGUUUCUGAAUAGUUGAAUGCGCACGGGCUUAAAGUAAUGCUUUUUAUCUCCUUCCAGGUCCAUCAGCCACUCUCUUUCGGACGCUAGUAGUAAAUGUUCCGAUAGCGCAGCACUUUUUCUUAAAAAGUCUGAUCUUUAGCAUGUGGAUAAUAAUAUUUUUCUAUAAUUUAGCUCUCUAGGCUUGACUGGUGUUGCCGUCAUAAUGGAUAUAAGGCUAAGUGCUUUGCUUCCUCACAAUUUGCCCGAGUUGGUGCGUGAAUGCCUUUCUUCCCUUGGGGCAGGAGAACCUUGAGUAUAAAUCCAAACAAGUUAAUAGCCUAGUAAUGUACACAGAGUACCAGUAGCCGACAAUACCAACUAAGUCUCUUCUUUAGGGUUUUUUUAAGGCUAUUGAAAAGAACUUGUUCCUACCCUUUACAAAAUCUUUGCUACCUCCUCCAACCAGAGCCAAGUUUUACUUGCAUUGGGUUACAUUGAGCUGGGGAACCAUGAACUGGCACUUCUCUCUCCUCUUCAUUGCCCUUACUUCAACAUGUAUGUGCUUCCCACCAAAUCCUCUGUCUCUUGAGGAACUUGGCUCAGACAUUGGAAUCCAAGUUUUCAAUCAACUGGUCAAAACCAGAUCUAAGGAUAACGUUGUGGUUUCUCCCCAUGGAAUUGCAUCAAUACUUGGAAUGCUUCAGUUAGGAGCUGAUGGCAAGACAAAAAAGCAGCUGACAACAGUGAUGAGAUACAGUGUAAAUGGAGUUGGUAAAGUACUGAAGAAGAUAAACAAAGCCAUCGUUUCAAAGAAGAAUAAAGAUGUUGUGACAAUUGCAAAUGCAGUCUUUGCAAAAAGGGGCUUGAAAAUGGAAGUGCCCUUUGUUUCAAGAAACAAUGAAGUGUUUCAGUGCAGUGUCAAAGGCAUCGACUUUGAGGACCAGGCCACUGCCUCUGAUACUAUCAACCAGUGGGUAAAAAAUGAAACUAAGGGUAUGAUCGACAAUGUCUUAUCUCCAGAUGUUAUUGAUACUGAGCUAACCAGAUUAUUGCUGGUAAAUGCAGUAUACUUUAAGGGACUGUGGAAAUCGCGUUUUCAGCCAGAGAACACAAAAAAGAGAACAUUUAAUGGAGCUGAUGGAAAGACUUACCAAGUGCCUAUGCUUGCUCAGUUGUCAGUGUUCCGAUGUGGUACAACAAGCACUCCCAACGACUUGUGGUACAAUAUUAUUGAAUUGCCAUAUCAUGGUGAAAGUAUCAGCAUGUUGAUUGCCCUGCCCACAGAAAGUACAACUCCUUUGUCUGCUAUUAUUCCUCACAUUAGCACGAAAACUAUACAGAGCUGGAUGACAACUAUGGUACAAAAGAGAGUGCAGGUUAUUUUACCCAAGUUUAUAGCAGAAGCAGAAACGGAUUUAAAGGAACCUCUAAAAGAGCUUGGCAUUCGAGAUAUGUUUGAACAGUCGAAGGCAAACUUUGCAAAAAUAACAAGAACAGAAAGCAUUCAUGUAUCUCAGAUCUUGCAAAAAGCAAAAAUUGAAGUGAGUGAAGAUGGAACCAAAGCUUCUGCAGCAACAACUGCAAUAUUAAUAGCCAGAUCAUCGCCUCCUUGGUUUGUAGUGGACAGACCAUUUGUAUUCUUCAUACGACAUAAUCCUACAGGUGCAGUUUUGUUUAUGGGACAAAUCAACAAACCUUGAACAUGUGGAGAUUUUUCUUCUGAAGCAAAUUUAAAGAUGGAUGCCCGCGUUCUGUUAAAUAUUUUUGUACACUAUUCUUUGGCUAUGAACUAGCUUUUGAGCGUGGUUGGUCAGCUAGGUUUUGAAAAGGAGUCAUUAGUAGCUGGGAUUUUUUUGUGGAAAAAUGAAUGCCUUUUCAAAACAAUUUAAAGAUUUUUAAAACUACUGAUUACUUCCUUGUGCUAACAACUUUUGAAAUUUUGCUUGGUCUUAAGUAUUUUGUAUUGUGAUUUGAGGUCUUCUAACAAAAGUUGGGACUAAAGGGACAAAUUUGAAUUUUUUAAUUUGAAGAUGCCUCCUACUGCUGCGAUUGAGUGGUUUGAUGAGGCAUUGACAUUAGAAAUGUAAAGCUUUAGCCGUUUUUUUAUUUUAUAUUGUGCAUGUAAUUCUGAGAUUUAAACAACUAAUGUCCCAGUUAACACCCCUGCAUUGGUGUAAUGUAAACUUGUCAUUGCUAGUAUACACUUUCUAUGGAUUUAAAUUUUAUAUUUUUUGUACAAAGGAAAAAUAAAAGCAUUAUGAACAGUUGAAAACUGCAUAGUGUCACAGUGGUGUUGGAGGGAUAUAAUUUGUUGUAGUACAAGGAACUGAUUGUAAAUUCACUGCAAAAUGGAUCUGAUCUGGUGGAUUUUUGCUGUGCUCUUGUAUGUGGUAAACUACUUCUGCAAUGAUGCUCCUGCACUUCAGAAUACUUCUAUUCAAUAAAUAUUCAGAUGCGCCAAACCG